UACCAUAAAUGAAAUAGAUUCGCACAGCCGAAGGCACAAAGGCAGUCUUCUAUUUACAGGCAAUUCAAGAAUCAAAGAAUCAAUCUCCCAUCCACCAUCAGAUCUCUUCCCAAUACAUACUUAGCCAAGGGGAUCCACGAAAAACCCUCCUCGCACUCCAACUGUUUGUAUAAACUCCCCACUCAGCAAAGAAACAAGAAAGAAAGAAGACCCAAGUGCGAAAUUUCAUUAUUUGAUUUGAUGGGUUCGAACGAAGAAUUGCCGGAGGGAACACUGGAGAAUAUACUGGAGCAGGAUUCGCUCAAGUGGAUAUUCGUCGGCGGAAAGGGCGGCGUGGGUAAGACAACCUGCAGCUCUAUUCUGUCGAUACUGCUCGCACGUGUGCGGCCUUCCGUACUCAUCAUCUCCACCGACCCUGCCCAUAACCUAAGCGAUGCGUUCCAGCAGAAGUUCACCAAGGCUCCCUCCCUUGUUAAUGGCUUCUCCAACUUGUACGCCAUGGAAGUUGAUCCCAAUGUGGAACACGACGAGAGUGGUUCAGAUAUAACCGAUGGAUUAGUGUCAGAAUUAGCUAAUUCUAUUCCAGGAAUCGACGAAGCUAUGAGUUUGGCUGAAAUGCUCAAGCUAGUACAAACUAUGGAUUAUUCUUGCAUAGUGUUUGAUACAGCUCCAACCGGCCACACUCUUCGGCUGCUACAGUUUCCCUCAACCUUAGAAAAAGGGCUCGCCAAAAUUAUGAGUUUAAAGAGUCGAUUUGGCGGUUUGUUGGGCCAGAUGACUCGUUUAUUUGGUCUCGGUGAUGAAUUUGGUGAAGAUGCCAUUCUUGGAAAGCUUGAGGGCAUGAAGGAAGUGAUUCAACAAGUGAACCAGCAAUUUAAGGACCCUGAUUUGACGACUUUCGUUUGCGUCUGCAUUCCGGAAUUCCUAUCUCUUUAUGAAACUGAACGCUUAGUUCAAGAACUUACUAAAUUCGAGAUUGAUACGCAUAACAUCAUAAUCAACCAAGUAAUUUUUGACGAAGAAGUCAUUCAAUCGAAGUUGCUGAAAGCUAGAAUGCGAAUGCAGCAAAAAUACCUCGAUCAAUUUUACAUGCUGUACGACGAUUUUAACAUAACUAAGUUGCCGCUUUUGCCCCAAGAGGUUUGUGGGGUCGAAGCGUUGAAAGCAUUUUCGCACAAUUUUGUAACACCGUAUAAAUCGUCAAUUACGAGAGGAACAAUAGAGGAACUUGAGCUUAGAGUAUCGGCGCUGAACGAGCAGCUGAAAGACGCUGAACCAGAACUCGAAAGACUCAGAAAGGGCAAACAAAAGAUUGAUGAGGCAAUAUGAAUCAAUGGAUUUAAAUUUUGAAGUUUACUUCUUUUUUUUAUUUUUUUAUUAUUUCUUUUAGACUGUAAUAACUAAUAAGUAAAGGGAUUUGCUGUUAAAAAGAAUUUUUUUUUCAGUAAUUUAUGAUGUCUGGUUGUAUUUUAUGGUCAUACUAUAUAUACUGUACGAUUUUCCUCUGUUUUAUGCAAUUUUU